UCAUCUCCAACAGCCUGAACUUGACUUUUCUGCCACCUUUCACACGGCUACAACACCAUAUGAUUUCUUCAGGAUCUAUCACUCUGCUAAAAGUUCUCUUCCUGGCACCUUUCACUCGCUCUUAUGCCCCCAUGUCCACGUCUUUGCUGUGAACUGAGAGUUGGGAGUCCUGAUCAAUUCGAAGUUGGCCACGACCGGCUCAUCAGCAACCGGAGAAUUUCCGCUUCGACUAACGGGUGUGGGAUGCAAUAACUCAAUAGCAAUCUUCAAGAACUUCGCUUCUGCAGAUACUUACCUCAAUCAGAAUGGGCUGCAUUUCCUCAAAAGUUGUGUCACGGUCAAUUAGCUACAGAGAAGAGCUGAACCGGAGCUCACGGAGUACAGGAAAAUCCUUAAUGGCGCUGGAAGAUAUAUUCAGCUCUAACAAGGGAAGCGACCAAUUCCUCACACUUGUUUGUACUGCUAACACAGUAGCCAACCGGCUCCGGUCCGGAAGUAUCAAUUCAGAGUUGAAAAUGGGCCCCAGAUCAACUGAAGCUACUUCCGAGAUUGAUAGGAACUGUGAUUGCUCAGCAGUUUCAGAAGAAGGAACAGACGGAUAUCACACAGAGCCUGGAAUUUCACAGCUCAUCCAUGAAGAUUCAGAAUCCUAUAGUGUUGAACCUCCUAAACGGUCCAGAAGUUGGCAUUCAUUUUUUGAAGAAGAAAUGCCUUCAGCCAAUGCUAAGAACGAUGGCAAAAGUAGAGAUAGAACCGAGUGGGAGUACAAAGGUGUAAGGCGGUCAAGAAGCUUUCAUACGGUUGAGGAAUACGAUGCAUUGCUGGAUAGGAUUUUGUCAGCAAGCUCUCCUCAUGAUGAUAAUGUCGCAGAGAACCAAGAAAAUAUAACAUCCCUUGAAUCUUCAAUGCACAGCGCUCAGAACAACUGCAAUAUCAAGAUAAUGGAUACAACACCACAAAAGGAUGAUGUGUUGGUGGACAAGACCAUUGUAAACGAUGAAGCUGUAAAAGAUAACUCAAUCACGCUAUCAGCUUCAGGAUCAGAAAGCAAAGAAGUGAUCCCAAGUUCACUGGAGUCCCGCACAAGCGAUGAGUUAACUGCCAAAGAUGAUGUUGUUCAAGAAGAAAGAUGCGUGAUAGAGGGAGGAUUCAAGAGAAAGGCCAUUGCAAGAGGGCUAGAAUCACUUGCAAUCCCAACCACAAUUGAAUUCCCAGCAGUUGCGAGCUUAAGAGAAUGGAUUCCCACCAGAGGGCAAGUCUACUCUCCUGGAGCCUACGCAACUCCUAAGUUCGGCACCUAUUCUUUGCCGCAGUAUGAGAAUCCAUGUGAGGCGACCGAGGACAACAUCUUCACCGAGGAAUUGGUGAUGGCCUUUGAGGAGCACAUGCAAGAACUAGAAGCAGAAGAAGAAACUAUUCUCAAACAAAUUGCAGAGAAAUGGGAACGGGAAGGUGCCAAGGAAAAUCUAGAUGAAGUUGUUACAACCUAGAGAGGAUGAUUUUUUUUUUUUUUUUUUUGUGUGGCUUUGGAUAUUAAAGUGUAUGGUCCAAAUCUGAGGAUAAUCCAGGAUCCUCUUAGAAAUUGAUGCCCUCGGAUUGUAAGAUACAUUGAAGUGAAAAAUAUAUCAGAAAUGAAAAACUAAAAAAAAAGGA